AUGGCUACGGGAUUUACAAGAGAAUGGAUAAAAUUUUUUACUGGAUGUGGAAUUCCGGAAGAUAUUGCCAAAAUGUAUGCAUUGAUAUUUUAUGAAAAUAGAAUACAAAAGAAUAUGCUUCUGGAUUUAAAUAAAGAAUACCUAAAAGACAUGGGUAUUACAGUGAUGGGAGACAUAAUAGCAAUUCUUAAAAAUGCAAAAUUAGUUCAUAAAAAAUUUGUAGAAGAAAAAAUUCUAUCAGAUAGUGUCGAUUCUUCUGUAAAUAAGGUUGAAGUAUUAAAUUCUGAGUCAAAAAAUACUUCCAAAAGAAUAUUAAAUCGUUAUACCAGAAAAUAUAAUUCUUCAGGGAUUGAGUCACUGAAACAAGUCAAAGUUGUGGUUCCUAACAAUCAAAACAAUAAAGUAAAAUUAUCAAAAGCAAAACCUGAAAAUCAAGGACCUACUGAGAAACCUGAAGUUUCAGGCGCAAAAAUAAAAAAAUUAAGUUUGGAAAAUGAUAAUUUUAAAGUUAAUUCAUCUGAAUCAAUUGAAAAAACAACACAAACACUAGAACAAGCAAAAAGAAAAGAAGCCAAAACAGUUUUCGAUAGACUUGGUGAAAGUUCAGUCAGCAGUACAACAUCAGAAGUAUCUGGAAAUUCAGUUACAAGUUAUAGUAGUACAAUUCGAGAAAAGAACUUAUCAGUUUUUUCAAGAUUAGGAGAAAAAACAGCAUUUGUUAGCUCUUCAUCUGAAGAAAUUAUUGAAAAAAAUGGUGAACAACUGCCUUAUGCAGGAAUAUUAAAAAGUGGAAGUGGAAAUAAAAAAAAUUUUAUUACAUCAACAAUGAGAGCAGAUAAUGAGCAAAAAAUAUCUAGUAUAAGCAAAACAGAAUUGAAAAAAAAUAUAUCUGUAAAGGAUCGUUUAGGUUUGGGAGGGCCAGAGAAUAAAAGUUCAAAGUCACCAUUGUCUACAGGAAAACUGUUUCAAACGAAAACAUUAAAUGCGACAAUAUUGGAAAAAAAAAAUAUAAAGAGGAUAAAUAUUAGUAAUAAUAAUACAUCGAGUGGGCAAAAUGUGAGCAAAAUGACAUCUGAAAAAAAAACUCUUGUUACAACUUCUAAGACUCCAUUAAAACAAUUUUAUUUGAAUAUGUUUCAGUAUAAAAAUUUACUUACGGGAUUUAAAUCAAGUAAAACAACAUUGGAUGUAAAACCUAGCUCAGAUGGAAACAAUUUAAAAAAAGUUAGGUUUGGAUCUGCCACACUAAGAUUAAUACCAUCAAAUACUUCACUUGAACCGAAACAAAAUAACAUUUAUCCAAAAUUAACAAUGAUUAUAAACAAUAAAAAAAAAUUAGGUUCAAAUAUGCCUGUCCUAACAAAUUAUAAAUCAAACGUUUUUGAUGACAAUAAAAUUUCUUCAAUGUUUAAAAUGUUCACGACAGAUUAG